UCGCAUUAUUUUUUCCUUUCUUUGAUCUUUCGCGCUUUAAACCCUAACCCUAAUUUUCAUUGAAACAGGAAACCCUGUUUCUUUGUGCCCUAAUUUUCCUAAUUUUCUGCCGCCCUAAAGUUUGGCUUUGAGUAUUUCUCUUAUCUCCAUUGCAAUGGCUUCCUGUAAGGUGUAAGCUUCACAGUGAGCUUUGAAGGUUUGGACUCGAAUUCUGCUGCAUUGGUGAUCUCUUAAAACUAAAUUUUAGCCCAAAUUGUUAUCUCUAAUGUGUAAUUACAGCUCAAUGGCGAUGUAUGGGCUCUGAAAUGACUUUUUUGGCCAUGAUUCUGAGCUGGAAUGGUGAUCUCUGAUCUCUAAUUUUUGUUUGAAACUGAUGCGGGAAUGGCUUGUUCUCAAACAAUAGGAGGUCUUUCCAGGCCUGGUCGAGUGCUUGGUCCAUCACUCGAUAAGAUCAUUAAGAAUGUUGCUUGGCGUAAGCAUUCGAAUCUUGUACAGGCCUGCAAAUCCGCCAUUGACAAGCUCCAAACUUUGGAAGACCUUCAAAAUCCUAAUUAUUCAUCUUGCAUCCCGUUAUUCUCACCUUCUGAUGCAGGCGCAGUCCUUGAACCUUUGAUUCUCGCUCUAGAAUCUGGAUCUGUGAAGAUUAUUGAACCUGCUCUUGAAUGUCUUCAGAAGCUGAUCUCCAAUGGCUUGAUCUAUGGAGAAGUGGAAAAACCCGAUAAUGAAGAGAAUCCCCCUGCAAUUUUCAGGGUUUUGGACUCAGUCUGCAAGUGUCUGGCCUCGGCUGAUGAAGCUCUCGAGCUAGGUUCUUUGAAAACUAUUCUCAUUUUGGUUAGAUCAGGGUCUUUCUCAAUUCGUGGUGAUUUUCUGGUUCGUGUCGUCAAGAAUUGUUACAAUGUGUAUUUAGGGAGCACAAGCGGGGUUAAUCAGCUUUGUGCAAAGGCAUUACUGGCUCAGAUCAUGGUGAUUAUGUGCGCUAGAAUGGAGGCUGAUUCAGUUUCAGUCAAAGUUAAACCGGUUUCAGUUUCAGACAUUUUGGAAUUCUCAGAUAAGAGUUUGAGCGAAUCAAGUCUGGUUCAGUUUGUUCAAAAUUUCAUCAAUGGAGUAAUUGAAGGGGGGGAAGGAUGUUUGGGUCCUCCUCCUUCUCUGAAUGUUGUUGAGGGUCAGGGUUUGAGCCCGACAAAACAUGAAAGUGCAAAGAUUGAUGUGGUAGAAGUGAAUGAGGGUGAGAAGAAAUGGGGGAAUGGCAAAAUGUCAGAGUUUGGAGAAGGGGAUUUGGCAAAUGGGAAUGAAACCGAGGAUAUGGAGGGUAGCAAGAUAAGGGAGGAUGUAUUUUUGUUGUUCAAGACAUUGUGCAAGUUCUCGAUGAAAUUUUCAACUCAGGAUAAUCCUGAAGACCAUCUUCUCAUAAGAGGGAAAGUGUUGUCCUUGGAGCUACUGAAGGUCAUGAUAGACAAUGCAUGUCCAUAUUGGCGAACUGAUGAGAGGUUUCUCAAUGGUAUCAAACAAUUUCUCUGCUUAUCAUUGCUGAAGAACAGUGCACUUUCAGUGAUGAGUGUAUUUCAACUCCUGUGCUCUAUCUUUGCAAGCCUAUUGUCAAGGUUUAGAUUAGGGUUGAAGGCUGAAAUUGGCAUUUUCUUCCCCAUACUUGUACUCCGCAUUCUUGAAAAUGUGCUUCAACCAAGUUUCUUGCAGAAAAUGAGAGUUCUGAAGUUGUUGGAAAAGAUGUGUGAAGAUCCACAAAUAAUCAUUGAUAUAUUUGUGAACUAUGACUGUGAUGUAGAAUCUCCAAAUAUUUUUGAGAGGAUUGUCAAUGGCCUGGUCAAAACUGCUUUAGGUGUGCCUCCUGGUUCAGCAACAACACUGACUCCAGCCCAGGAUAUUGCUUUUAGGAUUGAAUCUAUCAAGUGCUUAGUUGGUAUCAUCGAAGGAAUGGGAACUUGGAUGGAUCAUCAGUUACGAAUAACUGAUGUGUAUCAAUCAAAAAACUCCGAUGUCGAUUCUUCUGGGGUUGAAAAUGGUGCGGAAGGUACUCCCAGUGACUUGGAGCUGCAUUCUGAAACAGUUUCUGAAACAUCAGAAGCUGCAACUCUAGAGCAGCGUCGUGCAUAUAAACUAGAACUUCAGAAAGGUAUAUCCUUGUUCAACAGAAAACCUAGCAAGGGCAUUGAAUUUCUCAUGAAUUCCAAAAAAAUUGGUAGGUCUCCAGAAGAAGUUGCACUGUUUCUGAAGAAUACUGCUGGUUUGAAUGGUACUAUGAUUGGAGAUUAUUUAGGUGAAAGAGAAGAUUUUUCUUUGAAAGUAAUGCAUGCAUAUGUGGACACAUCAAAUUUUGAAGGGAUGAAUUUUGGCGAAGCCAUCAGAUUUUUCCUUCAAGGUUUCCGAUUACCUGGUGAAGCACAGAAGAUCGAUAGGAUCAUGGAGAAAUUCGCAGAGCGCUAUUGCAAAUGCAAUCCAAAUUCUUUUACGAGUGCAGAUACUGCUUAUGUUCUUGCUUAUUCUGUGAUAAUGCUUAACACUGAUGCUCACAAUAACAUGGUAAAAAAUAAGAUGUCCAAGGCAGACUUCAUUCGAAACAAUCGAGGCAUAGAUGAUGGAAAAGACUUACCAGAAGAGUAUCUUGGUUCGUUAUAUGACAACAUUGUGAAAAAUGAAAUAAAGAUGAAUGCUGAUACUGUAGCUCCACAGAAUAAACAGGCAAACAGUGUCAACAAGCUAUUAGGUUUGGACAGCAUUCUCAAUUUAGUCACUUGGAAGCAAGUGGAAGAAAAACCAUUAGGCACUAGUGAUACGCUUUUGCGGCAUAUUCAGGAGCAGUUUAAAGCUAAGGCUGGCAAGUCAGAGUGUGUCUACUAUGCUGUCACGGAUGUAGCAAUUCUGAGAUUCAUGGUGGAAGUUUGCUGGGCUCCCAUGAUGGUUGCAUUUAGUGUAACUCUUGAUCAGAGUGAUGAUAAGAUUGUAACAUUUCAGUGCUUGCAAGGCUUUCGUCAUGCAGUUCAUGUGACUGCUGUGAUGUCCAUGCAGACUCAAAGGGAUGCUUUUGUUACCUCAGUUGCAAAGUUUACAUAUCUUCAUUGUGCUGCUGACAUGAAACAAAAGAAUGUGGAUGCUGUAAAGGCCAUCAUAUCCAUUGCUAUUGAAGAUGGAAACUAUCUCCAGGAAGCAUGGGAGCACAUCCUGACCUGUCUAUCUCGGUUCGAGCAUUUACAGUUACUGGGAGAAGGUGCCCCGCCAGAUGCAUCGUUCUUUGCUGUACCUCAAACUGAAGUGGAGGAAAAACCUCCAAAAUCACCUAUGCUUCAGUUACUUAAGAAGAAAGGACCAGUUCUUCAGAAUCCAUCUGUAGUGGCUGUUGCUAGAGGGGGUUCAUAUGAUAGUACAGCUCUGGGACUUAAUGCUUCGGGGAUGGUAACUCCAGAACAGAUAAAUAACUUGAUGUCUAACCUAAACCUAUUAGAACAAAUUGGGACUUUCGAGCUGAACCAUAUAUUUGCGCACAGUCAAAGGUUGAACAGUGAGGCAAUAGUUGCAUUUGUAAAGGCCCUUUGUAAAGUUUCUAUUGCAGAGUUGCAGUCUCCAACAGAGCCUCGGGUUUUUAGUCUCACAAAAAUAGUUGAAAUAGCGCAUUACAAUAUGAACCGAAUCAGAUUGGUGUGGAAUCGAAUAUGGAAUGUUCUUUCAGACUUUUUUGUUGCAGUUGGAUGUUCAGAGAAUCUCUCGGUUGCUAUUUUUGUGAUGGAUUCAUUGCGGCAGUUGUCCAUGAAGUUCUUAGAACGUGAGGAGCUGGCAAAUUACAACUUCCAGAAUGAAUUUUUGAGACCUUUUGUUACUGUUAUGCAGAAGAGUGGCUCUGCUGAAAUUAGAGAGUUGAUUGUUCGUUGUGUUUCUCAAAUGGUCUUGGUUCGUGUCAACAAUGUGAAGUCAGGCUGGAAAAGUGUUUUUAUGGUUUUUACCACUGCCGCUGCAGAUGAACGCAAGAACAUUGUCCAACUUGCUUUCGAGACUAUUGAGAAAAUUGUUCGUGAAUAUUUUCCUUACAUAACAGAGACUGAGACAACAACUUUCACAGACUGUGUUAAGUGCCUCAUUACGUUUACAAACAGCAGAUUUAAUAGUGAUGUCAGCCUCAAUGCUAUAGCAUUCCUUCGGUUCUGUGCUGUAAAACUUGCAGAAGGAGGACUAAUAUGUUACGAGAAGAGCAAGGAUUUGGAUUCACCUACAAGUGUGAAUGGAGAUUUGCUAGACAAACAUAAAUUUACAGAAAAAGAUGAGUAUGUGUACUAUUGGGUACCUUUGCUCACAGGUUUAUCAAAGCUCACAUCAGACCCAAGAUCUGCUAUAAGGAAAAGUGCAUUAGAAGUUCUUUUUGACAUUCUUAGAGAUCAUGGACAUCUUUUCUCGCUAGCAUUUUGGAUCAGAAUUUUCCGAUCUAUUGUUUUCCCUAUAUUCAACAAUGUGCCACUCCAUAGGGCAACUGCCCAAAUGAAUGAACUUAAUGAAGAUUCUUGGAGCUCUGAAACUUGUGCAGUGGCAGCCCAACUUCUUGUAGAUCUGUUUGUAAAAUUCUUCAUUGUACUUCGAUCAUUGUUACCCAACAUUGUCGCCAUUGUGACAAGUUUGAUGAAGAGCCCCCACCAAAGAUUUGCUAGUGUUGGAAUAGCUGCUUUUGUUCGCCUAGCAAGCAAUUUGGGCAGUUCCUUUUCAGAAAAGGACUGGGAAAGCAUUCUGAUGUCUUUCAAAGAGUCAGCUGCAUCCACUAUACCUGAGUACCUGCAAGUCGUGAAGUGCAUGAGUGUCGUUGAGAUACCUGAUACUUCAGAGGCAAAUUCUGAAAAUGAAUUGUUUUCUGAUCAAGGAUUGACUUGGGAUUUGGUGGAGGAUGAGAGCCUAAGGUUAGCAGCAAAUGCAGUGGCUAAAAUGAAGGCUCAUGUUUCUGUGCAACUCCUUGUGGUUCAGGUCAUCACAGAGUUGUAUAAGGCACAUCGCCAGCAUUUAUCAGCAGCCAACAUACUGAUAUUCUUGGAAGUGUUAUCUUCUAUAGCAACUCAUGCGCAUGAAGUAAACUCCAAUGUCACUCUAAAUCGGAAGCUUCAAAAAGUGGCCUCCUAUUUAGAGGAAUCUGAUCCACCUGUUCUCCACUUUGAGAAUGAAUUGCACCAAAAUUAUCUCAAUUUCUUGCAGCUUCUUCUCACCGACAACCCAUCUCUGUCACAGGAGAUUGGUGUGGAAUCUCGGUUAGUUUCGGUUUGUGUAAAGAUUCUUGAACAAUACCUGAACUGUGCUGAUUCCAAAUCAAAGAGGGAGCUUCAGAAUAGCCAGAAGGUCCUCUAUUGGUUAGUUCCCUUGGGUUCUUCAAAGAAAGAAGAAUUGGCCGCUCGAACCCCAUUGGUGGUGAUUUCGUUGAAAGUUUUGAGUAAUUUUGAGAGGGAAUCAUUUACAAAGUAUUUAUCCCUCUUCUUUCCAUUGUUAGUGGAUUUGAUCAGAUGUGAACACAGCUCAGGAGAAGUUCAGCGUAUUUUAAGUGACAUUUUCCAGUCCUCCAUAGGUCCAAUAUUAAUGCACUUGUGAUAUAUCCUUCAUUGAGUGAGGUACAACCAUUCCUUUUUCCCUUCUUUGGGUUCUCAUUUUGUAGGGUAGGAGCCAAAUGUGGUUAUUGUACAGUAGGCAUUUAUUUAUAUGGAUAUCGCCUAAGUGAAUCAGCUCCGCAUAUCUUUGAGCACUUGAACGUGAUGCCAUUCUGGAAAUAAGUUGUGAAAUCCAAUUGAAUUCUAAUAUAGUGCAGCCAUAUCAGUCCUA